UUCAUGUUAUCGGGCUGAAUCCUGGUACUUAGUUGUCAACUGAAUAGACAGCUACUUUAUGUUUAUAAAAAAGAAGAAGAAGAAGAAAAGAAUAUGCAUUUAGUGAUUUGAAAAUCGAAAAAGCGGUUUUUCUUUUAAAUGAAAUCAUUGAAAACUUAAAAUCUUUUUUGGCCAAGUUAAAGAAUCAUUAUUUUAAAUCAAUUUAAUUGCUCUCUGCUGGAAAAUUUUGUGCUGCUGCAUUUUUUUUGCUUUGUUUUCUGCUAGCCACAACCAAAGAUUCUUGUGAAGAUAUGCGGCUAUGGAUGCAAAUUCGUGCAGAGAUCGCCAGGAGAACGAAAAGGAAGUUAUUAUGGCAAUAUAUGGAGGGCAGGUGAUUGCAAUGUCAGAAACAGAUUCAUCUGGUAUUUGGAAACCACUUGAGUGUAGCUUUUCUCUUGGUCCUUUAGCCAGUAGCAGAAAGAAAACUUCUAAUGAUCCAAUGGUUGAGCUUCAUAUUGUAUGCUCAGAAAAGUACCCAGAUGAAGUUCCAGAAAUAUCGUUCAAAAAUUGGAGAAAAAUAUCUAACGUCAAAAUUACUAAAUUGUUAGAACAGUUAAAUACUCUUGCAAAUAGCUUAAAGGGUGAAGUAAUGAUUUUUGAGCUUGUUACACAUGUAGAGAAUUUCUUACACGAAUCGAUUCAGCAUAGAUAUGAAUCAUUUUAUGAAGAAAUGAUCCUUCGUAAUAAAGAAAAACAAGAAAAAGAGCUGAAAGAGAAAGAAAAGUGUGAAGUUCGUAAGCGUGAAGUGGUGUUACAACAAAUCCAAAGUAAACAACAACAGGUUAAAAAAGCAUUACGAAAAAGAUCUCUUUCAAAAAAGUCUAAUCAAGAGAAUGACAAACAAGAAUCGUGGGACGAGGAGACUGGAUUUCAAGAUGAUGAGAAAAUCCCCCAAAAAAAGAAUAACAAUAAUGAAGAAAAUGAGGAAUUCACACCAUGGAAUAUUUCUGCACGCCCAGGUCAAACAAGAUUUGAUCAUGAAUUUGAAUACAUAAAGUGGAUAGGGAAAGGUGCUUUUGGCAAUGUGCUAAAGGUCAGAAAUAAACUGGAUGAUGGUUAUUACGCAAUUAAAAAAAUACAACUGAAUGCUUCAAAUAAGCAGUUGAAUAAAAAAAUACUGCGGGAAGUGAAACUUCUGUCAAGGUUAAAUCAUGAGAACGUUGUUAGGUAUUAUAAUUCUUGGAUUGAGCACAGUUCUUGUGAAAUGCCACAAGAAAAGGAUGAAGAUGAUGAUUAUGACGAUGUUAUUGAAGAAGAAAGUCAACACAAUGAUGGUGAUCGCAGAUAUUGCGAUUUAAAAGUAACUAUUGACAUAUUUCCACGUAUACAAGAUGUUUCACAAGAAUGGAGUAUCAAAGAAGAUGAGACCAGCAGUGAGAGUUCUGAGAGCAACUGGAUUGAUUUCAGAUCAACAUCUCAUUCAAAGCCAGAAACCUGUGAAUCAGAAUCAGUUGAUGGAUCCAAUUCUUUGGCUUUGAAACCGAUGUUCUUUUAUUUGUACAUUCAAAUGGAAUUGUGCGAAAGGAGUACAUUAAGAAUUGCAAUUGACAAUGGUUUGUACAAAGAGGAAGAAAGAGUGUGGCGUUUGCUACGAGAAAUAGUUGAAGGGUUAUGCCACAUACAUCAACAAGGAAUAAUCCAUAGGGAUUUAAAACCUGUCAACAUAUUCAUAGGGCACGAAGAUCACGUGAAAAUUGGUGACUUUGGUUUGGCUACAUCCAGCAUAUUUCAGAAAUCAGGUAUUUCAAGAGAAAAUGUUCUACCGACUGUACAAAUGGACAAAUACAAAGGUGGUUCCGUGAGUAAUCUUUCAUUAUCGCAACAAACCAAAGAUGUCUCACACACUGGGCAAGUUGGAACGACUUUUUAUGUUGCACCAGAAUUAAACAGUCCAAUUACUCGCACAAAUUAUAAUCAGAAAGUUGAUAUUUUCAGUCUGGGAAUUAUCUUUUUUGAAAUGUGCCAUGCACCAUUUAAUACCUCCAUGGAGCGUUACAAGAUUUUAACCGAUCUGCGUCAACCUAGCAUCAUAUUUCCAGAAGAAUUUUCAUUUGACUCUAAUUCUGAUCAGUACAAGUUGAUCAGGUGGAUGUUAAGUCAUGAUGUAAAAGAGAGGCCUAACUCACAAGAGCUUUUACAAAGUGACUUCAUUCCUCCCCCAAAACUAGAAGAAGCAGAGGUAAAAGAAAUGGUUAGGCGAACUUUAUCGAACCCACAAAGCAAAGAUUAUAAAUAUCUUGUUGCUUCGUGUUUCCAUCAGGUAAUGCAACCUGCUCUGGAUGCUACUUUUAAUAUGUUAAGUUGGCGUUCUGGUAACUUCACAUACUGUUUGGAAUUUACUUGCCAAAAGAUUAAAGGGGUUUUUCAGCAGCAUGGAGCGAUAUCAUUUUUACCUCCUCUUCUUACACCGGCUAAUAAUCCAGUGCCAGAAUCAGCAGUAUGUUUAAUGACCAGACUGGGAGGACUGGUUUGUGCAACAUAUGAUUUGCGUACACCAUUUUCAAGAUAUUUAAUACAAAAUCCUCAUGUCUCUCACCUGAAGAGAUAUGCCAUUGAUAAAGUUUUUAGAGAAAAACCUGCAGGAAUUCAUCCGAAAGAAGCUUAUGAAUGUUCAUUUGAUAUUGUGACUCCAACACCUGGCAACCUUAUGCCAGAACUUGAAAUACUUUCUGUGAUUUGGGAGAUCCUAUCUGAAUUCCCUAGUUUAUUGCAACGUAAUUGUGUGUUGUACUUAAACCAUUCAUUGCUCAUAUCAACAAUGCUUAGUCAUAGCAGUUUGGACGAACAUAAAGAUAGAGAUAAAUGCGAACAAAUUUUUAAGGCCAAGGCAGAAGCACGCAAUAAAUCUGACUUUGAAACUCAAAUCAGGUCAUUACCUAUUUCGGGAUCUUCGGUUGGUACUUUGCUAAACUGGAUGGCUAUUGAAGGCAACUUGAAUAAAGUGGAAGCUGAAUUAGAAUUGUUGACAGAUAAAGAGUCUAUUAUAAAAUGCAAACCAGCUUUACAACAGCUUGACCAGAUCGUUCAGAGUUGCCAAAUUUUAGAAUUUUCUUGUCCAAUUAUAAUAAAGUUAGGUUUGGUUACAAAUGCGCAGAAUUAUUCUGGUCUUUUGUUCCAAUUAGUUUGCGACCAGAGGAGUAGGACCAAACGGUUCGAUAACAACGUUAUAAUUACUGGUGGACGCUACGAUAGACUUCUUGCAGAACUAAGACAAAUUUCACCUUUUGUUGAGAAAAAAUCAAAUCAAUCCGUUUGUGGUUUUACAUUGUAUCUUGAUAAGCUUGUCACAUUGCUAAAUGGACAAGAGAAAAUCACAAUAAUCGAUGUCUUGAUAUGCACUCUUGGCACCAUCCAAAUGACAAUGGACCGAAUAAAGCUUAUAAAAGAAUUAUGGCGCUCAGGGAUCCGAACUUUAUUUGUAAAUACUCUUGAGACAUUGGACGAAAUACAUGACUUCUGUCAAGAUCAACAUAUUCCUGUUAUCGUACUUCUAAAAGAAGCAGAACCAACAUUUGCAAGGGUUAGGACUAUUGUUAAGGACAAAACCAUGGCACUGACAAAAGAUAAAUAUGUUGAAAAGAAAGUAUCUUGUAAUGAUUUAAUAGAUUAUUUACUCAAAACUGUAAAUAAAAAUAAUGAGUCUGUAACACACAUGAAGCAUGAUCCUCGAAAUUCUAUCACCACAUCAGAGAAACUGAACAUUAAUAUUAUCCCUUUGGAGAAGCUCAAUCCAAGUGUAAAGCGAAGAUACGAGUCUCAGAUUUCCAAUAUUUUAUCAUCAGCUCUUCUGUGCUUUUCAAACAAAGUUAGGGUUGAAGUAAUAGCUGUUUCCCUUGAAAAUGAGGCUCUUAAAGCAUUUUCUAGUUGCCUUGACCUUAACACUGGGGAGCAUGAUAUAAAAUCAUUUCUUAAAAGGUUUUCCCGUUAUAAAAAAUAUGUCCACAAAAUCUUGGAUGCAUUAAAAGAUAGCCGGAAGCAACAUAAUCACUUGGCUGUUAUAUUGUAUAGUCUACCAGAUAAUACAUUUAAAAUAAAUCUGUGAUCAAUUAAUUAUUUUCUUGUGUCAAAUGUAUAUUUUAAUAUUAAUUUUU